UACAACUGGAAUAAAGUUUUCGUUCGGUAUUGUGAUGGGGCGUCAUUUUCUGGGGAUGCGGAGUACGAAGAUCAAGAUGGAAACAGGCUAUUCUUCAGAGGGUUGCGCAUUUGGGAAGCGAUCAUUGACGAACUCAUGGAGAAAGGACUUGCUAAUGCUAAACAGGCCCUCCUUGCAGGUUGUUCUUCUGGUGGUUUAGCCACACUACUGCACUGUGAUGAUUUUAGUGCACGUUUUCCUCGGAAGGUGGCAGUUAAAUGCUUUUCUGAUGCUGGAUUUUUUCUUGACAAAAAGGAUAUACACGGAGAAAGGUUUAUCCGGUCCGUGUACAAUGGGGUUGUUCAUCUUCAAAAUGUUAGCAAAGUUUUGCCCAAGGACUGCCUGGCAAAGAUGGAACCACUGGAUUGUUUCUUUCCUUCUGAGCUUAUUAAGAGCAUCAGCACCCCCACUUUUAUUCUCAACUCUGGAUAUGACUCUUGGCAGAUAAAAAAUGUACUAGUACCAGAUGAAUCCUCUCCUGAAAAGUCAUGGCUUACUUGCAAGGCUAACAUCAGAGACUGUGAUUCCACACAAAUCGAAGUCCUCCAUGGAUUAAAGAGAACAAUGGUGGGUGAUCUGAAAGUCGUCCAAGAUAAGGAGGAGUGGGGAUUGUUCAUUGAUUCGUGCUUCACCCACUGCCAAACACCAUUUAGAAUCUCAUGGGAUUCACCAAUUUCCCCAAGGCUUGGAAAUAAGACGAUCGCACAAGCUGUUGGAGAUUGGCACUUCAGCAGAGGCCAAAGAGUAAAAGAGAUCGAUUGCGACUAUCCAUGCAACCCAACAUGCAGCAGCCAGUUGCCUUCCUAAUUUAAUUGGUACUAUAUAUAACAACAAUUGAGGGCCUUGUUUAUACGUGAACUAGAGAAAGUUGGCACAAUAAGAGAUUUGGUUUUGGAUAUAUAUAACCAUAUGGAAAUAUUCAUUAGGGUUUGUACAAUAGCCGAGAGU